AGUUUCCGCCAUUUUAACUUCCUGCUUUCAAAGGGGAGCAGUCCCUCGAACAGUAUUCGUAGCGCUUUACGAUUUAGGUUAUUUGAAGGGGGUUGUUUUGAUUUUCUUUCUAAAAGGGCCGCAAACAAACUAUACUAACUGGUUUCUGAUCGUCUUAGUAGGUUAGCUUCAGCCGGGGAGUCGCGAUGCCGAGCCACCCGCUGAGAGUAGCGGUUGUGUGCUCGAGCAACCAGAACCGCAGUAUGGAAGCGCACAAUAUCCUCAGUAAACGUGGAUUUGAAGUGCGCUCAUUUGGGACUGGUACUCACGUGAAGCUGCCCGGUCCUGCCCCAGACAAGCCUAAUGUGUACGACUUCAAAACAACAUAUGAACAGAUGUACAACGACUUGGUCCGCAAGGACAAGGAACUAUACACACAGAACGGAAUCCUCCACAUGCUGGACCGAAACAAGCGAAUCAAGGCCAAGCCGGAGCGUUUCCAGAACUGCAAGGAGAAGUUUGACUUGGUCAUCACCUGCGAGGAGCGUGUCUACGACCAAGUGCUGGAGGAUCUGAACUCACGGGAGCAGGAGACCAUGCAGCCCGUGCACGUCAUCAAUGUGGACAUUCAGGACAACCACGAGGAAGCCACGCUGGGCGCCUUCCUCAUCUGCGAGCUGUGUCAAUGUAUCCAGCACGCAGACGACAUGGAGAACGAAAUUGACGAACUCUUGCAAGAGUUUGAAGACAAGAGCACCAGGGCUUUCCUUCACACCGUCUGCUUCUACUGACGGCCGCAAUAAGCGCACGCGGGACCCCCGCAAACCAACAGCAAAUAACGUGACAGUUACAUGACAGGCUCGUAGAAAGGCACACACGUGCAGAACCCCAACGAAAAAUCUGCACAAACACGUCGGCCUCCAUGAGGAGCUGCUCCUCUUGCCUUUUUAUUCCUCCUGAUCAAGGUCAGCCACACCUCCUCAGGGAGUGCCAUGACGCCCCGGUCCCACUGUUUUACUCAGUUCCCGUCGCAGAAACAUAAUUUGUCUGUGUUUUUUUCCCCUCCAUGUGAUCUAUUGAGUAAUUUGUUCAGUUUUAAUAUUAUUUGACACCUGGAACUCUAGCUGUGUUUUAUUGAGCCAGGAGGAAGAGAGCUGAAGAGAAUGCUUUUGUUUUGUUGUUUUAGGGGAGUUAAGUUUAUAGGUUGAGCUCGUUGAAUAAGUUAAGCUCGACCUCUCUGAGACAAUGUAUGCUGUUGACUUGAUACUCAAAUGUGGAUGUCCUUCAGGGCAUUUUUUUUCUUUCUUUGUAUGUGUAAAAAUGAUGCAUUGUCAGCUCAGAGUGCCUGAUUUGUACAUAGAAAUAUACUAAAUGAAUCUAAGAACCA